AUGUCUAAUACCACACCUCAGGAAGUUUCCCCUUUAACAUCUUCGUCAAUUCCUGAUGUAUCAUCUCCAUAUUUUCUUCACUCUGCUGAUCACCCAGGUUCCAUUCUGGUUUCCAUUCUUCUUAAUGGUGACAAUUACCCUACCUGGAAGCGAGCCAUGAAAAUGGCAUUAAACGCUAAAAACAAACUGAGUUUUGUUAAUGGUUCUCUCUCCAAACCAACAUCUUCCACAGCAGAAAUUCAAUUGUGGGAGCGCUGCAGUGACAUGGUUUUAUCAUGGAUUCUCAACUCCAUUGAUAAAUCCAUUGUUAAUAGUUUGAUUUAUCAUGACUGUCCUCGUGAUGUAUGGCUUGAUCUUGAAGAUCGUUUCUCUCAAAGCAACAAUCCCAGGAUUUUUAAAUUAAAGCGUGAUGUUGCUACCCUCAUCCAAGGUUCUAUGACUAUUCCUGCAUAUUUCACUACACUUAAGGGGUACUGGGAUGAGCUUGCAAUGCUCACUCCUGCACCAAAAUGCACUUGUGGUGUCCUAAAAGAAUUGACUCAUAUGCAAGAUAUUGAGCGGGUUUUUCAGUUCUUGAUGGGAUUACAUGAUUCUUAUGCUCCAAUUCGUAGCCAGAUUUUGGCUAUGGAUUCUUUACCUCCUGUCACCAAAGUAUAUUCAAUUCUGCAUCAAGAAGAGAAACAACGUCUCCUGCAUAUCUCAAGUAUUCCAACAGAAUCUGCUGCCAUGGUAGCUCCUCGUUUUCUUGCACAUCGUUCUGAUAAUAAGGGAAAGGGACGUGGUCGUCCAAAAUGCGACUACUGUGAUCGUGAUGGUCACUGGAAAUCCAAUUGUUACAAGCUGCAUGGUUACCCUAAAAACAAACCUCAAUACCGUGAAGCAACUAAUGGACAUGCUGGCUCAUCAAUGGCAGUGAAUAAUGCCAUUAGUUCUUCAACAUCUUCUGAGAUUAAUGUUCCCGGCCUCACCAGUGACCAAUGCUCUCGCCUUUUGGAUCUUCUAUCACCAGUGAAUAAUUUGGUUUUGAACACCAAUUCUGCCAACUUUGCCGGACCUAUCAACGAGGAAGCUGAUUGGAACGGGUGA